AUGGCUGAAAUUACUAUGAAAAAUCAACCGUCAAAGCCACACUGGUGGUGGCUUGAUGAGCACACCUCCGUUAGAAGAUCACCAUGGCUUCAAUCUACACUCAAUGAGUUGAAUGAGAAGACGAAGACAAUGUUGAAGUUGAUUGAGGAAGAUGCGGAUUCGUUUGCUCAACGAGCUGAGAUGUUUUACAAGAAGAGACCCGAGCUUGUGAGCAUGGUUGAAGAUUUCUACAAGAUUCACCGUUUGUUAGCUGAGCGGUAUGAUCAAGUUCGGCCUGAAGCUGGAAUUCGCCUGCUUCCCCCUUCUGCUUGCUUGAAGCAUUCUCAAUCGGUGAAGUUGACGAGUUUUGAUUAUCGUUGUUAUGAUAGCUAUUCUGAGAAUUGUGACGCGGAGGAAUCUGUGGAAUCGGAAAUUGAUGAUCCUGAGCUAGAAGGGGAAAUUCGGUCUGUGGCUCCAAAUGAAGUGACGAAGUUGAUGAAAGACAUUGAAAGGACUGAUAAGGAUCAAAUCAAGCAGAAAGAUGAGAUUCUUGAUGAAGUAAUGAUGUUGAGGGAAGAAAUCGAACGACUCGGAAAAGAAAAUGAAGCACAUAAGGAUGAACUCGCGCAGAAAGAUACUGUUUUUAAUGAAGUAGUAAUGAAUUUGAGGGAAGAAAUAGAACAACUCAAGAAAGAUAACAAAACAAUGAAGGAUGGAGUUCAUCAGAAAAAUACCAUUCAUGGUGAAGUAAUGAAGUUGAGGGAAGAAAUAGAACGACUCAGAAAAGAGAAUGAAGCUCAAAAGAAAGAUAAUAAAACAAUGAAGGAUGAAGUUCAUCACAAAUACACCAUUCGCGGCGAAGUAAUGAAGUUGAAGGAAGAAAUAGAGCGACUCAGAAAAGAGAAUGACGCUCAAAAGGAAGAACUCAAAAAGAAAGAUACUAAUAGCAAUCAAGUAAUGAUGUUGAGGGAAGAAAUAGUGCGACUCAGAAAAGAGAAUGAAGCUCAAAAGGAAGAACUCGAGAAGAAAGAUAUCAUUUGCAACCAAGUAAUGAAACUGCGGAAAGAAUUAGAAAGACACAAGGAAGAUAAAAAAGCUCAAAACAAUGAACUCAAGCAUAAAGCCACAAUGUUGAAGGAAGAGAGGGAAAGUUUUCGAGAAGAGAAUAUGACGCACAAGGAUGAUCUCGAGCGGAAAGACAGAGAGAAGAUAGAAGUGAUAAGACAACUGAGUUCAACAAUAGAUUUGCUGAAGCAGGAGAACGUAAAGAUGAAAAACUUCAUAGCUAAGGAAUCCAAGAAAUGGAAGACACCGUUCGAGUUCAAUAAACUAAUCGAAACAUUCUCAGGGAAGUUGUUUAAAGGAGGUCCUAGAAGGAAUAAGCCAAGUGUUAUAGCUCUCUAG